AUGGCUUCUCCUGCGAAUUCCGGCAUGAUGCAGGCCGUGGUAUUCCACGAGCCUUAUAAGGUGGCCGUUGAACAAAAGCCUAUCCCGAAAGUGCAGAAUCCGGAAGAUAUUGUCAUUCGGGUUAGGUAUACGGCGCUUUGUGGCAGCGAGCUUCAUAUGUACCGCGGCCUGGAGAAGAGCGGGCCCUGUAUCAUGGGCCAUGAGUUUGUCGGCGAGGUGGUUGAGUUGGGCAGUGCUGUCACGACUAUCCAGACAGGCGAUCGAGUUGUCAGUGCCUUCACCACAUCAUGGUAUGUACUCGACCGCUCUCAAGUCAAUCCAGGGACUGGAGCCAUUGCUGACGACCUUGAAAGUGGCGGCUGCUUUUACUGCAAGGAAGGGUUUUCCUCGCGCUGUGAGAAGAACACCCUGUUUGGAUGCGAGAAGCUGGACGGCGGGCAAGCCGAAUAUGUCCGCAUCCCCAACGCAGAAGGCUCUAUUAUGAAGGCUCCCGAGGGCGUCGAGGAUAAGUACCUGAUUCUGAUGGCCGACAUCUUCCCGACGGGAUACUUUGCUGCCAGCAAUGCAUUCAAGAACUCUACCCCAGAGCAGAUCGCUGAGCAGACAGUUGUGUUGAUCGGCUGUGGGCCUGUUGGGCUCUGCGCACUUACCAAUGCUCUGGAGUUCAAGCCCAAGCAUCUCUUGGCUGUCGACUCGGUCCCUUCGCGGUUAGAGUUGGCCAAGUCGCUUGGGGCUGAGCCCUGGAAUUUCAAGCUCGACCGCCCGGGCCUGGAUAAGCGCGUGAAAGAGCUGACUGAGGGUCGGGGAGCCGACGCCGUCAUUGAGGUAGUGGGACUAAGUCCGGCGCUGCGUACUGGGUUUGAUCUGUUGCGGCCGUGGGGGACCAUCAGCAGCGUGGGAGUCCACAACGGAGAGAUUCCUUGGGAUGGCAAUGAGGCAUAUGGCAAAAACCUCACCCUCCAAAUGGGCCGGUGUCCUGUGCGAUCAGUGGCACCCAAGGCACUCGAGGUUCUCCAGAAGAACCAACACAAGCUUGGAUUCAUGGCCGACAAGAUCAUGCCGCUAUCGCAGGCCGUGGAGGGAUAUGAGCUGUUUAAUGAGAUGAAAGUGCAGAAGGUGGUGUUUGUGGCGGAUCAAUAA